AGGAACGUGACAAAAUAUUUAGUAGUCAGCAGGCACUUUAGUAACCUAACCCGAACAUUCUGCAUAAUUUCCCAAUAAAAAAAAAAAAAACAUUAAAAGACCCCUUUCCAAAGUUAUUUCCCUUUUUUUUAUUUUUUUAUUUUUACAGCGUUCUCUGUUUUGCGCUUGCAUGAAUUUUCAAAGCUUCAGGGUUUAUGGCCUCUCUCUCUCUUUCUCACUCACUUGCACCCUUUUCGCCCUCUUUUCCCGUAUAAACUCUUGUUCACUCACAGACUCACUUGUGUUCUUCCAACUCAAAUAAGGCCCUGAGGCUCUUAUUUACCAUUUUGCCACUGCCACAACCCAAAAGGCUCAAAGCUGGGGAGGCUUGUGGGUGUGAUUGCCACCAUGGGGUUCUCUUCUCAGACCACCCCUUUAUAUUGCCCCUCUUGUUCCCGCCACUUUCGUGCUGCUCUCUCUUCACUGUCCCUCUUGGCUCCCUCUCAAUCACCACACCCCAGAAGAAAAAUCCAAUCAAUUCUGAUUGCCAACAAGAUCAUUCGACAUAGUGCAUUGUCUUUCAGAAAAGAUUAUUCCUGCCUAAAGAGAACAUCUUUUGGGUUGAAUAAAUUUAAGGACGUGGAGUAUAGCCAUAAAUCUCCUGUACAUAUUUCAGUUAAGAAAUUUUCUGACAUGUCAUAUGGCAUGUUGGAGGAAAGGAGAUGUGAAGAAGAGUUGGGUCCUUUACAUCCCUCUAAUAGUCAGGUUAAGAUUAGGGGGGGAUUAGCUCGAUCUCCCACGACCCCUGGUACACAAUACUGGGUUGUGGAACGUAAUAAAUUAUCUAAAAUUAAACACGAAAUGCACUUGCAGAAUAAGUUCAGGGUUGUGCCGAAUGCAGUUACUUCCACUGGUCAGGAACAGGCUUUCUAAAUUAAAGAACUCAAAAGAGUUGCUUGACACCAAAAGGGUGGACGCUCCGUUAAAGGUAUCUCCAUCAAAGAUCCUUAAGGAGAAGGUUGAUAGAGUUGAAGACAAAUGCAAUUUGGAGACAAUUGCAAAGUAUGAAGCCAAUGCAACAUCUGUUAAAAAGGCACGUAGUUCUGAACAAUUAAAACUUCGAGGCAGGCUUUGUAGUAUCUAUGAAGACAUAUUGGUUGUUAAUAAUAUUUCUCUUGCUAAGGAAGUUGCUAAGAUGCUUACAGUAAAUUACAGGCAUCUUAUUCAUGCAUGUGAUACUGAGGUGGCUAAGAUAGAUGUCAAACAAGAAACACCUGUAGAUCAUGGGGAGAUAAUAUGCUUCAGUAUUUAUUCGGGUCCAGAAGCUGAUUUUGGAGGUGGAAAGUCAUGUAUUUGGGUAGAUGUACUUGACGGUGGAGGUAAAGAGAUCUUUAAUAAGUUUGCUGAAUUUUUUCAAGAUUCAUCCAUUAAAAAGGUCUGGCAUAACUAUAGCUUUGACUGUCAUGUUAUACAAAACUAUGGAUUUAAGGUUUCUGGAUUUCAUGCUGAUACAAUGCACAUGGCUCGGCUGUGGGAUUCAUCCAGGCGCUGGGUUGGUGGUUAUUCUCUUGAAGGACUUACAGGUGACACAAAGGUAAUGGCUAGGGCUAAGCUGGACCAUGAAAAGGAUUUGAUUGGUAAGGUGUCCAUGACAACUAUAUUUGGCCAGAAAAAGGUGAAGAUAGAUGGAUCUGAGGGUAAAAUGACUACCAUUGUUCCUGUUGAUGUGCUGCAGAGAGAUGAGCGAAUACCUUGGAUAUGUUACUCUGUUUUAGAUGCUAGAAGCACUCUAAAGCUUUAUGAGAGCCUAAAAAGUCAUCUUUCAGACAUGCCUUGGAAUCUUGAUAGUCUACCUGUUUUACACAAAAACAUGUAUGAUUUCUAUCAGGAAUAUUGGCAGCCAUUUGGUGAGCUUCUAGUCAAUAUGGAAUCAGAGGGAAUGUUAGUUGAUCGGUUAUAUCUUAAAGGCAUAGAAGACGUGGCCAAAGCAGAGAAAGAGGCAGCUGUUAAUAGAUUCCGAAAAUGGGCAUCUAGAUAUUGUCCCGAUGCCAAGUAUAUGAAUGUUGGAAGUGAUGCACAAUUGCGAGUACUUCUCUUUGGUGGCACCAUUAACAGGAAAAACCAUAAUGAUGAUAUUCCAACUGAGCGGAUUUUCAAAAUUCCUAAUGUUGAUAAAGUGAUUGCAGAAGGCAAGAAAGCUCCUACAAAAUUUUGUGAUAUUAAAUUGAAUAGCAUUGGAUACAAGCUGAAUGUUGAGAUGUACACACCAAGUGGUUGGCCCUCAGUUAGUGUUGAUGCUUUAAAAGUCCUGGCUGGCAAAGUUUCUGCUGAAUAUGACUUCAAUGAGGCUUGUGAUGUGGAUCUUGAUGUUGAAGAUGGAAAUCCCUCUCAAAGUGAAGUUUUACCUGAAGAAAUAGACAAAUCGGCUUACGGAACAGCUUUUUCUUGUUUUCCAACAGAUCAAGAGGGGAAAGAGGCUUGUCAUGCCAUUGCUGCUUUAUGUGAAGUCUGUUCAAUCGAUUCUUUGAUAUCUAACUUCAUCCUUCCCCUGCAGGGUCAUAAUAUAUCAGGAAAGGAUGAUCGUAUUCAUUGUUCCAUAAAUAUCAACACAGAGACUGGACGCUUAUCAGCAAGAAGGCCAAGUCUACAGAACCAACCUGCUUUGGAAAAGGACCGGUACAAAAUCCGUCAAGCAUUCAUAGCUGCUCCAGGGAAUUCUCUUAUAGUUGCUGAUUAUGGACAGUUGGAACUUAGGAUUCUUGCACAUCUUGCUGGUUGUAAGAGCAUGUUGGAAGCCUUUGAAGCUGGUGGAGAUUUUCAUUCAAGAACUGCAAUGAAUAUGUACCCAUAUAUUCGUGAAGCAGUUGAGAGAAAGGAAGUGCUUCUUGAGUGGCAUCCUCAGCCUGGUGAAGACAAACCCCCAGUUCCUCUCCUGAAGGAUGCCUUUGCUUCAGAAAGGAGAAAAGCCAAAAUGCUUAACUUCUCAAUUGCGUAUGGAAAGACUGCAGUUGGGCUAUCAAAGGAUUGGAAGGUUUCUGUGAAAGAGGCUAAGAGAACAGUUGCCCUUUGGUACAAUGACAGAAAAGAAGUGCUGAAAUGGCAAGAAGAACGUAAAAAAGAAGCCUGUGAAUUUCAACGGGUGCACACAUUGCUAGGGCGAGCCCGAAGGUUUCCAAAGAUAGACCCAGAUCAUAGCUCCCAUAGAGGUCAUAUUGAGCGAGCUGCUAUCAAUACACCAGUCCAGGGUAGUGCAGCAGAUGUUGCUAUGUGUGCCAUGUUACAAAUAUCCAAAAAUAAGAAGUUGAAGGAGCUUGGAUGGAAGUUACUUCUACAGGUUCAUGAUGAAGUCAUAUUGGAAGGACCAACAGAGUCAGCCGAGGUUGCUAAGGCCAUAGUUGUCGAGUGCAUGGAAAAACCCUUUAAUGGCAAGAAUUUUCUCAAGGUCGGCCUCACCGUCGAUGCCAAGUGUGCUCAAAACUGGUACGCUGCAAAAUAGAUGGCUGGUCAUACAACAUGAACGGUGAUGACCUGGUGUGGUGGGGUAAUUUUGCACCCUUGAUUUCGUACAAAGGCCAUACAUGGUUGGAUCUGGAAGAGUUGUUUUCUUGGCAACAUGAUUCUUCCUUUGGUAACUGUAAAACAGAAGAGGCUGCUGCUUUUGUGCUUCUUUUUCCAUGGCAAAGGAAUUGCCCUUGAGUUUAUCCUCCUUCAUUUCUAUCGAGGUUCUUGAUGUUUUCUGGAAAGAGUAAUUCCAUACUGAUGUUUUGCUGUGCAUAGCAAUUGUGUCUUUGAAGGAAGAAACUAAGUGGAAAAACCAUGGUCUUGGCAAUUUGUCUGCUUAUGUUAUCUUGUUAAAGAGUAAUUGGUGUAUCAUUUGUAUACAUCAUGUAACAUUAUGGCAUAAUGGCUUUGUGCAACUGUAUCAUUUGUAUAUUGUAUAUAAAAAACAAAAUUUGCG